GGGUUUAGGACGUUAUGGUUACUGGUUGGGUUUGAGGUAAAUUUGGGGUUAGGUUAAGCGGCACAUCAUAAGGCGACCAGUUGGGGGUAAGACUGGGUGUAGUUAAAGGUAAGGGUAAAACAUAUCGACGGGGUAACAGACACCUACACACUCCCAGUAGUUUGGCGGGUUGGCGUGGCUGUGACGCGUGUAGAGGGGGCGGGGCUUCUGAGGGCAGCGGGAGGCUGUUGUAACUGUAGCGGUUGAGCCGAGCUGUGAGGAACUACUGCGGCUGCUUUUCUUAGGACCAACUAGCGACUGAAACUUCACUGCCAACAUGUCCGACGAUGAGCAAGAACAGACCAUCGCCGAGGAUUUGGUAGUCACCAAAUACAAGAUGGGGGGUGACAUCGCCAACCAGGCUCUUCGUUUGGUUGUGGAGGCUGCCAAGCCCGGGGCGUCUGUGCUCAGCCUCUGUGAGAAAGGGGACCUCUACAUCAUGGCUGAAACCGGAAAGGUCUUCAAAAAGGAGAAGGACAUGAAGAAAGGCAUUGCCUUUCCCACCAGCGUCUCAGUCAAUAACUGUGUUUGCCACUUCUCUCCCCUGAAGAGUGACCCUGACCACACACUUAAAGAUGGGGAUCUGGUCAAAAUAGAUCUAGGGGUUCAUGUUGACGGCUUCAUUGCAAAUGUCGCUCACAGCUUUGUGGUGGGAGCCUCUAAGGAGAACCCCAUCACAGGCCGGAAAGCUGAUGUAGUCAAAGCAGCUCAUCUGUGUGCAGAAGCAGCACUUCGCCUUGUUAAACCUGGUAACCAGAACACUCAGGUGACGGAGGCCUGGAACAAGAUCGCCCAGUCGUUCAAAUGCUCACCUAUUGAGGGUAUGCUGUCCCAUCAGCUAAAGCAACAUAUCAUAGAUGGAGAGAAGACCAUCAUUCAGAACCCUACAGACCAGCAAAGGAAAGACCACGAGAAGGCUGAAUUUGAGGUACAUGAAGUUUAUGCCGUGGACGUCUUGAUUAGCACCGGAGAAGGGAAGGCCAGAGAUGGAGGUCUGAGGACCACCAUUUAUAAGAGGGACCCCAGUAAGCAGUAUGGCUUGAAGAUGAAGACAUCUCGUACUUUCUUCAGCGAGGUUGAGCGACGCUUUGAUGCCAUGCCUUUCACUCUUAGGGCGUUUGAGGAUGAGGCCAAAGCCCGUCUGGGUGUGGUGGAGUGUGCCAAACACGAGUUGCUACAGCCCUUCAGCGUGCUACAGGAGAAAGAGGGAGAGUUUGUAGCUCAGUUUAAAUUCACAGUGCUGCUGAUGGCCAACGGGCCUCACAGAAUCACCAACGGACCCUUUGAUCCAGAGCUCUACAAGUCAGAGCAUGAAGUCCAGGACCCAGAGCUAAGGACUUUACUACAGAGCUCCGCAAGCCGUAAAACACAGAAGAAAAAGAAAAAGAAGGCCUCAAAGACAGCAGAAAAUGCGACUGGACAGCCAACUGAAGAAACAGAAGCAGCAGAAUAAAUACUGCCUUUCCACACACGCAAGACCCCAAAGAGAACCAAGAGAAAACACGACAAGUUUCCCCCCACUCUCAGCCCGUCAUUCAGCAGAGCUGAUUUCACAAAUUAAACUGGCAAAUUCAUAAAAACACUGGAAUCAACUGAAUAUUUAAAGAUUUUUUGGUAAUUGUUGAACUUGACAUGGAUGCUUAACCCUUUACUGCAUUAAUUGACAGGAAUAUGGAUUGAAUGCUGCUCUUCCUGAACUUUAGCAGGAAAUAAAGAAUAUUUGCAAAUAGUUUUAAAUUUUUGAAAAGAUUUGUUGCCAAAUGUGUGUGCAACUGCUGUCUGGGGGAAAAAAAGCACUAUUCCUUUCAUGCUUAUAUUCUUUGCGGCUGAAAAUGUCCUUUUUAAAGUAAAUGUGAAGUUCACUUUCAGCAUUAAUACAAGUGAACCAGGUUGUAUCGACAUCUAAAUAUCAGUAAAAGGGUCAUUGAGUAGAUAAUGACGGAAACGUUGAUCUCAUCAGAAAGGCGUCAUUUUUUAGGCCACUGUUUGUAUUUAAUUGUCACAUGUUGUUCCCUUUGGCAACAAAGUUAUAAUAAAUCCAAACCUGUUUAUGUAACCAAAUGUAUGGUUAGAACAAUAUCCAGAUGUAUUAUUGGUCUAGGAUUACUCUGUCAUUCUGCAAGUGUGUAAAUCUUUAGGAAUGAUGAUUUUAGUUGUCCACUAUUAAACAACAGACCUUUUAGCAUUUAAAAUAUUUCACCAAACAUAUUUUCUGAACCUCACCAUGCAGUAAAGGGUUAAAUUGUCAAAUUGUCAUCCAUGAAAUAAUAACUAUAAACUGUUUCAAUAAUUGCGUAAAUGUAGAAAAAAAAACGACAGUGGAUGAGAGUAAUUUAAAGGUUUGUAAUAUAAUAGAUGGCUUUUUUUUGUUAGUUAAAGUAGUGAGGAAAGCAGAAGUUACUUUUCCAUCCUGACCACUCUUUGGCUGAAACUGUGUUUUUUGAAUUGGGUAGAGACUGACAGGCAACAAAGGGAGAGAUAUGGGUACGAUAUGCAACAAAGGUCAUAAUUGAACUAGGGAUGUUGCAGUUAUGUGGUAUGUGCAGUAACUAUUCGGCUACCGGGGUGCUUCCGAAGCUUCAACUUUUUAUCCACACCAGGGUUUUUUUUAACACAGUAACCUGAACAGAAGAAAAAAAACACUGCUGUAGUCCACUUGUCUUUGGGGAACAAACUGCUAAAUUUACUGCCAUUCCCCUUAAAUUGUAUUAAAACAAGGAAGUCUAUACGUUCCAAUUUUGAAUAACUUUUUUCUAUUAGUGACACCUGUUAACUUGCUUUACUACAUCAUUAGUUUUGUGAAGCAUGAAAGCUGAAGCUGAGCAAGUUUUAUGGUUGUCUUAAGUGGAGCCAGACCAGUCAGAGCUCACCUCAGGUCUGAGUUUCAUUUCAGUGAGAGUAGAGUAGAAGUAAAAUCAUGCUUUGUAGCUCAGUCGGUGGGCUAAGGAUCUUUACAUCUAAUGAAAUAAAAACACUUUUGUA